AUAGUUCAUCGAUAAAAAAAUGAUUCACGGAAGAUUCGUCAGUUUAAUGGAUUUUUUAUGAACAGGGAAAUUCGUAUUUUAUUUUUAAAGCAGAGGUUAGAGUUACUAAAUAUUGUUGAACAUUCAACAAGGAUUUGUAAGGUAGUGACCGAAAUAGUGUCAUUCAUAGGAUCGUUGGUCUUCUCGUAUUUUCACGUGGGACAGGUGCUACCUGGGACAGUUGACAAUGGCCGCUAGUCACUCAAAGGGCCUGUUUAUUGUUUUAACAAUUUCUUGUGUUUGUGGAUUUAAUAUUGACACUAAGAUACCUUUUAUACGCACAGGACCUGUAAACAGUUAUUUUGGAUUUUCUAUUGCAGAGCAUAUGAUCACAAAAUCGAAUGGUGACAUUGCCGAGAAAGUGUUAUUAGUUGGUUCGCCAAAGUUAUCAAGACCUGGUGAUAGAAACAAUAAGACUGGAGGAUUAUAUAAAUGUUCAUUUAACUCUUGGUGUAAAGAAAGUUGUGCAAUACAAUUACAGGCAGAAUCUGAUGACAUAACUAGUAUUGCUGGAACCAGGACUGACCAAUGGUUUGGGUCGGUGGUGAGGAGUAGUGGUAAAGGUGGAUAUGUUGUGGUUUGUGCCCAUAGGUAUACUAUCAACUAUAGUGGUGUGGGAAAAUGUAUAGCGUUGCGUGAAAGUUUAACAUUUCACAAACUGGUAACACCAUGUGAAGAUGACAGAUUGCAACACAAGGGAACUGCAUAUUGUCAAGCAGGGACAUCAGCUGAUAUUAAUUUUGAUGGUACAGUAGUAGUUGGAGGUCCAGGUGCAGGAGAUUGGACAGGUGGAGUGUUUACAUUACUUGUGAAGAGACAGCUUGGAGUCUCCCUUAUUUACUACAGCUCACCAUGGAGAGAGGAGCCAGAAAGAAAGCCACCACCAGUAGAUUUAUCUUCAUAUAUGGGUUACUCUGUGACAUCAGGCCACUAUUACUCAACUAACACAAAGGACAUGAUGUAUGUGGGUGGAUCUCCGCAUGCAAAUGGCACUGGUCAGGUAGUAUUGUUUUAUCAAGAGACUGGAGGUUAUUUGAAGUAUCGAGACAAUCAGAUUAUUAAAGGUGAUGAGCAGUUCUCUCUGUUUGGUUUUGAAUUAGCUACUGUGGAUUUAAAUAAUGAUAGUUAUGAUGACCUGAUUGUAGGAAGUCCAUUACAUUACGAAAAAUCAAGAGCUGGUGGUGCCAUUUAUGUUUACAUGGGAAAAGCUGGAGGAAUAACUGGUGGUAGUAAACCUAUAAAGAUUACCAAUCAGAAAGAAUCGGAAGAAGAAUGUGCUAUGACAACAUGUACAGAAUCUCGUUUUGGUUUCUCUCUAGCACCUGCUGGAGAUAUUAAUUUAGAUGGAUAUCAAGAUUUGGUUGUUGGUGCACCAUAUGAAGAAAAUGGAAAAGGAGCAAUCUACUUAUUCCAUGGAUCAGCAGAUGGUAUUGUAAAGAAGUAUGCACAAAGAAUAUCUGGAAAAGAGAUUGAUCCAACCAUCAUGACAUUUGGACAUGCAAUUAGUGGUCAGAUGGAUUUAGAUGGGAAUGGUUAUGAUGAUGUAGCAGUUGGAUCAUACCAGAGUGAUACAACCUAUCUGUUACGAACCAGACCAAUUGUACAUCUGUCAGCCAAACUAAAAGUCUUUCCUAACAAAUUUAACCUGAGUCAGCCUCCAGAUUGCAUUAUUCCUAAUAACGACAUGAAGAAAUACUGCAUAAACCUGCAACUCUGUAUGUCAUUUACUGCCAAACCACUUAACAGUUUUAAUACUCCUCAGUCCAUACUUUACACAAUUGAGGUUGAGAAGGGUGUGAGUAAAAAGCGAGCAUUAUUUGUGAAUCCAGGUGGAACAAUAAAAAAGAGUAUAACCGAUUUAAAUGAACAAAAGGUGGAAGUGUGUACUACAGAGAAAGUUAAAUUAAUUGAUAGUUUCAAUGAUAAAUUGACACCAAUAUCAUUUACAGUGACAUACAAUUUGGCAGAUAUUCCAUACCCUGAUCCUAGUCAAUGUUCCAAUGGAGUACCUGAUAUCAAUAAGUAUCCUGUACUUGUGACAGGGAUGGAUGAGUCAACAACUCUUGUGACUAAGGUGAAUUUCUCCAGAGAAUGUGGUGCAAAUGACAUCUGUGAAAGUAACAUACAAUUGACAACAGAUUUAUUGAAUCUUACUUUACCAAGAGAUAAUGAUGGAACUGUAGUGUUGAGUUAUGGAGAAGACAAAGUAGUGAUUGUUGAUGUGAAAUUAGACAACAGGGGAGAACCUGCUUAUGAAACCAAUUUAUAUGUUACAGUACCUGAGUCAUUUGAAUGGAACCGACUUGAUGUCAUUAAUCCUCCUAACCAUGUUCCAGUAAGAACAAACCCGACUACAACAAUAGUAGAGUUAUCUGAUAUAGGUAAUCCAUUUGGUAACCAGGCUAAAACAACCAACUUGAGACAUUAUCGACUAAGAUUUAAUCCAUUGGAAGGAAUAGAAAAGAAAUUUAAAAUUAUUGUUCAUGUUAACACAACAAGUGUAGAACAGACUGUUGCUGGAGAUCGUCAAGAAUUUAAUGUUAGAGUAAUUAAUAGGGCAGAGGUAGAAUUACAGAGUUCUGCUGCACCUGAUGGUGAUGUGUUUUACAGAGGACCAGUACGUGGUGUCAGCUCUAUGAAAACAGAAUCUGAUAUUGGACCUGCUAUAAAUCAUACAUUUACAGUUGUAAAUCAUGGUCCAGGUACAAUUGAUGGAGCUACACUUAGGAUAUACUGGCCAUUUGAACUGAAGACUGAUUAUCCAGAGGGAAAACAAUUGUUAUAUCUAAUGCAAGAGCCUGUGGUAAUUGGAGGCCCAGCUGAGUGCCCAAGUUAUUCAGAAUUUGUUAACUCAUUAGAUAUAAAGGAGAACCCAAAUCUGUUUAUACGACCUAAGAAUGCAAUAACCAAUGUGGGCCCACAAACUCAAGGAACAGGACCACAGUACAAAGUCAUUGAUUCAAGUAGAAAGAAGAGAGAAACGAAAACUUCCACCAACAAACCACCAAAGAUUAGAAAGCAAGAGAUUGUAUCUAAAAAUGUCGUUAAAUUGAACUGUAAUAACAAAGCUAAUUGUAGAGUGAUGGAAUGUAGAAUUAGGAGUUUAGCCAAAGGAGGACAAACAACAGUUCUGUUAAGAGGUAGACUUUGGGAAUCAACUUUAGUACAGGAUUAUCCAUCAGUAGAUGAAGUAUGGAUAGCUUCAACAGGCCAGGUUAUAUUAGAUACAGAUCUAAAUAUAGAACAAAAUAUAGCAGAUGAUAUAGCCGAGGCAAUAACCUAUUCAAUACCUGAUUUAAAAGAGAGAAUUUCAGAUGAGCUACAAUGGUGGAUUAUACUUGUAGCUGUGUUAGCAGGGCUGCUUGUUCUUAUUAUCUUUAUACUUAUAUUAUGGAAGUGUGGUUUCUUUAAGAGAUUACGUCCAGAAGGAUAUCAACCAACAUAUAAAGGAGAUCUGAAGAAAAAAGACUAUGAAUCAAAUGAUGCUGCUUAUUCAUAGCCAAAAUAUAAAUUAGAACUGUUACAUCAAAUACAAGAAUUCUAGUGUCUUUGUAUAAAACCAGUGCUUCCAUUUCUUGAUGUUGAUAUCUUAAAGUUAGUGAUUUGGAUGUAAGGUUAAAUUGUAUGAGUUUUAAGCCUCAGCUUAUAUAAAUUGAUGAUUUUACCUGGCCUUUUGAAGAACAUUCUGUGUAUGGUCAUGACUACUGUACAAUUGUACAAAUAAAAGUUUUAGAGUAUUGCUAUAUAAAUUCAUGUGAAAAUAUUUUUAUUUCACAUGUAACUAAACCACCUAUGAAAAAAAUUUUUAAUUGUAAGAAUAAUACAUUAUUUACUCAAUGUAAAGUGUUCAUAUUCAUAUAACAUUGAUGAAUCAGAUUGUAAAGUGUUCAUUUUAGUGUCAUUUUGUAUACUGUCGACCAAAGAGUGAUUGGACCAUUGUAUUGCAUGUCAUGUUUUUAUACAUUUUACCUUGUAUAAAUGCUGUUAACAUUUUUGUAUAUUUAUCACUUCAGUAUGUUUUGAUAUAAAAUUCCAGGUUAAAUUUACAAGCAUGAAAGAUGCAUGACUACAGUGAUAAGCAAAAGAUAACUUUGAAUGUCAAAAUGUAAUGAAUUUCCUCCCUUGAUCCAUUUGAAAUAAUAAGGUUGUAAAGAUUCCAUCUGGUAUGAGGAAUUUCUUUAGAAAAAAAUGUGUAAUCUAUACUAUAAGAUAUUUAUGUAUGAAUUAUAUAUCUUUAUACCUCUGUAUAUAGUGACAUUCCAUAUAUGGUAUAAAAUGAAACAUUCAUGUUUAGUGCUUUAUUUUUAUUAUGGAAGUUUAUACUUUCCUCUGUUUAUUCCAUUGGUAAUAAUUAUGAUCUCUGUUAAGAUAUUUUUUAUUUCUUUUCAUGCAUAUCUUAAUUUUAUUGGUUAUCUAAAAUGUAUUCCAAAGAAAUAUUCCAAUGAAUUGAUUUAUUUGAUGAAAAAAUGAAAUGAAAAAUAUGUUAAAUGUUUUCAGUUAAGGUCAAGUCAAAGUUUUGAAAGUGACAUUUAAAAUCAUGAUGUUUUGAAUGUUAAUAGAUAUGAAGCAGAAAUACAUUCAAAUAUGCCAUCUAAUUUUGGAACAAAUUGAGUGAUUAAUAUAGACAAUUGUAUUUUAGACUUGCCCUAUAUUUUUCUUGAUAUAUUAUGAACAUAAUCUUUCAAGUAUCUGUAAUUUUUUUUAAGGUAACUCAUCAAUGUACAGAUGCAAAAUGGGAAUAAGCUUGUUAUUGUAUGCUAUCUUGCUUUCAGGGGUAUGCUAAUUUUGUGAUAAAGACUAUUACACUUUAUAUCUACAAUACUAAGUUGUGAUAAAAAUUAAAAGUGCUCAAAAUUUCAGCUGCAUUUAAUUAUAUAGAAAUGUAGUAAAAUAUAAGUAUUUUCAAUUUCUUUUGAAGUUAAUAUUUUAUAUAAACUUUUUUCAUUCCUUUUAAGAAAUACUUUAUGUAUGUAUUUGUGUUGUGCCUCAUCAAAACUUACUUUUUUUGCUAUGUGCAUCAUCAUAAAAUGUAUACCAGACUUCUUUUUGUUUCAGAAUUUAUAUUUACAUUUGUGUGUUUUUGUAUAUUUUAAUUUGUAUGAAAUUUGUUUUUUAUGGAAGUAUAUGUUUUGAAUUAGGAAUGAAAACCUUUUUGUAUUUCUGAACCAGCUGAUCUCAGUUAUUGUAACUAUUUCCUAAUAAUCUGAAUUAGCUGAUUUAAUAAUGAACUUUAUAUUUGCUUGAUUCUUUUACAAUCCAAUUGAUGAAUUAUUUCUGAGAGAUAAUUGAUUUCAAUUUUUCCUAAUUAACAAAAUUAACAAAUUUAUAAAAGAGUAUACUUUUUCUUUUUUAAAUAGUAACUUGUGUAUUGAUUGUAUGUUAUAUGUUUGUGUGUUUAAGGCCUAAGUGGUCAUGCUUGGUUGUGUGUUUGUGUGUUUAAGGCCUAAGUGGUCAUGCUUGGUUGUGUGUUUGUGUGUUAAGGCUUUAAGUUGCCAUGCUUAAGCCAAAUUGAGAUAAGCUUCUCCACAUGUUUGCUUUACGUUGCAAGCUUUCACUAGCCCACCUGUAUUUAUUACACUUAUUUAUUGUAGUUAGUGUCUUAAUUGACACUGUAUAUACUAGUUGCACUAUUUAUACUUUUCAGCAAGUAGUUUGUAUUUAGUUUAAAGUAACAACUUGAUUUACUUAAAUAACAUCAGAUAGUUUAUUUUUUGGUAGAAAGAAGACGGCCCUGAUAUCAGUUUACAAUUCAUAAAUUUAAUCUGGAACAAUGCACAAGAAAUAAUGGUUAAACAAAAUUGGUUGAUCCAACAGCUAAAGAGAUUAAGUGAAGGGGACUCCUGUCAUUUGCACAAAUGUAAAUUUUGUAGAAAGAAACUAAAGCAAAGUUGAGGAAGCAAGACAUUGGUAUUUUACAUUUUGUCAUUGUUGUCAAAGUUUAGGUUCAGUCGGUGGUUAAGAUUUAUUUUAAAACUUCAAAAACUUUGUAAAUUUUUCAUGGAAUUUUAUGAAACUUGGACAGAAGCUUGUUUAUGAUUUAAUAAAGACAGUAUUCAGAGCAAAAUUUAGAAUUUUUUUUUGUUAUAUCUGUGUUUAACUAAUAAAUGGACUAUUUAAUACAAUUAAAAUUAAGAUACAGUCCUUGGAUAAUGUUUAUUUUAAGUCAAUAACUUCGUCAGUCCUUAUACUGAACCAUUUGUUUUUGUAUUGUAUAAGCAUUCUUUCACUACAUUUUUACUCCUCUGAUUAUAGUGUCCAUCCCCUAGUCUUGUCUCAUUGACACUGGAAUUUUGACGUUGUUCAAAUGUUUAAUUUUUGUCUCACCUGCUUUAUAGUUAUUGUUAUUUGUCAUUUUUCAUUGAGUUUUCAGUAAUUACAUUACACAAUGUGAAGUUUUCUUAUUUUGAUGCCAGUAAAAAACAAUAUUGUACUGUCAAUAAAUAGAAGGUAUUAUCAAAUUAAUGUUGCUAAAUCAAACUGACUACUUGUUGACAAGUAUAUUUAUAAUGUAUUAUUUUUAUACUGCUUGAGAUAUGCAUCUCCACAUUGCUUUAUUUUGCUUACUGAUCUCCGAGUGAUUUAUUUCUUAUUUUGUACAUUUAUCCAUUACAUUUCUGAAAUGUAGAAUACAAAUUUGGAAGUGUUUUUUUCUUUAUAUUUUUUAACUUGAAAAACAUUUUAGAUAACGAAACAAGAUUUUUUUUUUUUAACUGAAGACUUGCAUUAAAAUUAUUCUCAAUUCUGUACACUACAUGAGUAUUAAUAUAGCAAUGGUGUGUUUUAAGGUAAAAACAUGAAGCAUUGUGAAGGUAUUUGGACAACAUAAAGGCAUUGUUCUUAUGCAAAAAAUGAUAAGUUAGUCUUGAUUUUCAACCGAUUUUAAAGAAACAUUUCUUCUUGUUCAGAUAUUUAAAUCAAUAUUGCCAUUAUUGACUAGUGUUUCAAAUGAAUGCAUAUUUUUUCGAAAAAUGAUAUUGCCUACUUUUUAACUUCAAAGUUGAUAAGUGUUUGAGAAAGAUAUUACAUUGUAGUAAUUCACUAACGUGGUUUGACUCAUUGUCAGACUAUUAAUACUUAUUUUAAAUUGUAAACACAUUUUUUGUUGGACUAAAAAGAUAAGUUUGCUAGGUUAAAUUGCUAAGUAAAAGGAAAGUUUGACUUGCACCUGUACAUGUUUAUGUACUGGUUGUAAAUGGGAGAUUAGAAUCACUAGGCUUUUCAGUGUUAUGUCUUUGUAUCUCUGCAUAUUUGUAUAUUUGUUAUAUGUAUAUAUGUAGUUACCAACAUAUAAGAAAUAAACAAUUACAGUUUUGAUUAUUUAGUUGUAGGAAUAGAUUUGAAAUAAAUGAUUACAGUUGUGAUUCUUAGCGGUAAGAUUACAAAUAGAAAAUUAAAGUUAUGAUUUUUAGUGGAAAGAAUAGAUUUGAAAUAGUGGAUUUUAGCUGUGUUUCUUAAUCGAAUGAAAUGAAACAUGUUCAGAAACUUGUUUUAAAAAAAAUGGAGAUGAUUCUGAAGUUGUUUUGGAUCAGUUUUUUAAUUUGACAUGUUAGGAAGAGAUUGAACUCUUGUAUGUGUUAAGGCAAUUAAAUGAGUUUAUCACAAAGUUGUAAGUUGCUAAGCGCACUAUGAGACUAAGGCCUCUUGGUGAUUCUCUUUAUUCUGCCAUUAGUAAUAUUUUUACAAAACAGUUUAAUACAACAACCAUGCUUCCUUAUCAAAUUUUAGAUAAAUGUUUAUUUUUAGCUAAAUUGGGCUUUUGAUGCCCCUUGUCCUUUAACAUAUGUAAUUUAUUGACAAUUUACUUUUUUAUAUUCAAAAUUAAUGUACAUUGAGAUUUGUCUGCCAUAAAAAGUUUGUUUUUACUUGUUGGUCUGUCAGUUGAGUGAAUAAAGUGUACUGUUUUCAAGUACUUGUCAAUAAACACCAAGUAAAAGAAUCCAUCAUUUGUAUAUUUUCAUUUGUAUACCUGUAUAUACAUGUUUAUAUAUUUCAUCAUAAUCCAGUGAUAUUAUUAUGCCAAAUAUUGUAUAUAACAAGAAUUAUGAUUCAGUUGAAGUGUAAUUUAUGUUUUUCCUGAAUGAAUUUAAGUUUUUCUUUUGCUUUUUAAUUUUGUUUGUUGAUACUUUUUUAAGAGUUUAUCGUAUAUUGGUUGUGAAAAACUAUCCUUUUAUGUGCUUAUAAAGCAAUGUCUGUGUAAUCAUAAGUAAUCCAUAAUGCCAGUAUUGGUUACAUUUUGUUUCUACUAUUUCAGUUUAUUAACUUCAUAGGUGUGAUUUUUUUUUAAAACUAAAAAUAGACCUGCAUUACAGGAAACAAUAUGAAUUUUUAUUUUCAAUUAAUGAAUUUAUGUAUUUAAUUCUUUUAAAUUGAACCUUAUUUGUGCCUCAAUUUUUAACAUUUAGUAACCUCAAAAGAUCCAAUUGAUAUUAUUUUGAUUUUUAUGCCCCCGCCGUAGCGGAGGGGGCAUUAAGUUUUACCCUUGUCCGUCUGUACGUACGUAUGUCCCAAAAUUGAUUUCCGUUCUCUAUCUUUCGUUUGCCUCAACCAAAUUUUAUGAAACUUAUACACAAUGCUUAUUACCACAAAACACAGAUCAAGUUUGAAUUUUGGUGGCGUCACUUUUACCGUUCUAGAGUUAUGCCCCUUUACAAAUGGAAAUAUUGCUGAAUUUAUCGUUUCCGUUCUCUAACUUUAGUUUGCCUCAACCAAAUGUUAUGAAACUUAUACACAAUGCUUAAUACCACAAAACACAGAUCAAGUUUGAAUUUUGGUGGCGUCACUUUUACCGUUCUAGAGUUAUGCCCCUUUAAAAAUGGAAAAAUUGCUGAAUUUAUGGUUUCUGUUCUCUAACUUUAGUUUGCCUCAAUCAAAUGUUAUGAAACUUAUACACAAUGCUUAUUACCACAAAACACAGAUGAAGAUUGAAUUUUGGUGGCGUCACUUUUACCGUUCUAGAGUUAUGCCCCUUUAAAAAUGGAAAAAUUGCUGAAUUUAUGGUUUCUGUUCUCUAACUUUAGUUUGCCUCAACCAAAUGUUAUGAAACUUAUACACACUGCUUAUUACCACAAAACACAGAUCAAGUUUGAAUUUUGGUGACGUCACUUAAACCGUUCUAGAGUUAUGCCCCUUUAUAAAUGGAAAAAUAUCAAGUAAUUUUUAUACGACCGCAAAAAAAUUUUUGUGGUCGUAUGACGUUGGCGUCGUCGUCGUCCGGCGUCGUCCGAAGACACAUUGGUUUUCGCACUCUAACUUUAGUUUAAGUGAAUGGAUCUCUAUGAAAUUUUACCACAAGGUUCAAUACCACAAAAGGAAGGUUGGGAUUGAUUUUGGGGGUUAUGGUACCAACAGUAAAGGAAUUAGGGGCCAAAAAGGGGCCAAAAAUAAGCAUUUUUGUAACUUCCAGACAUAACUUGUGUGUUAGUGUAUGGAUCUCUCUGACAUUGUACCACAAGGUUCCAUAUCACAAAAGGAAUGUUGGGAUUGAUUUUGGGGAUUAUGGUACCAACAGUAAAGGAAUUAGGGGCCGAAAAGGGGCCAAAAAUAAGCAUUUUUGUAACUUCCAGACAUAACUUGUGUGUUAGUGUAUGGAUAUCUCUGACAUUGUACCACAAGGUUCCAUGUCACAAAAGGAAUGCUGGGAUUGAUUUUGGGGGUAAUUGCCUCAAAAAUUUAGGAAUUAGGGGCCAAAAAAGGGGCAAAAAACAAGCAUUUUUCUAGUUUCAUGACAAUAACUUGUGUGUAAGUGUAUGGAUCUUUCUGAAAUUGUACUACAAGGUUCCAUAUCACAAAGGGAAAGCUGGAAUUGAGUUUGGGGGUAAUUGCCGAAACGUUUAGGAAUUGGGGGGGAAAAAGGGGGCCAAAAAUAAGCAUUUUUCUAGUUUCCAGACAAUAACUUGUGUUCAAGUGUAUGGAUCUCUCUGAAAUUGUACUGCAAGGUACCAUACCACAAAGGAAAAGCUGGAAUUGAUGAUGGGGGUAAUUGCCUCAAUAUUUUAGGAAUUAGGGGCCAAAAAGGGGCAAAAAACAAGCAUUUUUCUAGUUUCAGGACAAUAACUUGUGUGUAAGUGUAUGGAUCUCUCUGAAAUUGUACUGCAAGGUACCAUACCACAAAGGGAAGGCUGGGAUUGAUGAUGGGGGUAAUUGCCUCAAUAUUUUAGGAAUUUGGGGCCAAAAAGGGGCCAAAAAAACACAUUUUUCUAGUUUCCAGACAAUAACUUGUGUUCAAGUGUAUGGAUCUCUCUGAAAUUGUACUGCAAGGUACCAUACCACAAAGGGAAGGCUGGGAUUGAGUUUGGGGGUGAUGAAUCAUAAGGGGGUUCAAAAAAUUUGGGGGGGGGAUUUUUUUUUUUUCCUUUUUUUUUCUUUCCUUGUUUUUUCUUUUAAAAUUUUCCAUUUUAAGUUGGUUAUUUCUGAUUUAUAUUUAAAAGCAAAUAAUAAUGAUAUGGUAGGAGAUACACACCAAACAGGAUGUGUAAAUUAUUAUAUAAUAGGUAUUGUGCAAUAGCAAGAAAUUUUCAAUUGCACAGUAUUGCACAAUAGCAGGAAAUCUUCAAUUGCACAGUAUUGCGCAAUAGCAAGAAAUCUUCAAUUG